AGUUAUCUGACCGUUUUCCAAGCAUGCCUCAAAGUAAAACUAGCCGUUACAAUUGGCUUCAACCUCUGAUUUCUUCUCCCAACGAAUAAUAAUAUUCAUUUUCAAUCUCUCUCAUCCCUGCCUGCUCCUCUCACGUGCUCUGCUCUUUCUAACAUUAUACUUAAAUUUCUGAAUUAAUUUCUCCCACUCUUAAAUCUACGUUUAUCAUUCAUUCAUCCUCUCUAUACAACCUGCUCAAUCACCUACGUUUAUCAUUCACAGACACAAGAGAAAAGAGGGAACAGAAGAGGAGAAAAACAAGAAACCCACUCCAGUUUUCCCCCCUUCUCUUCUCUUUUCCUUUCUUUUCUUUUUUCUCUUCAAGUUUCUGUUUCUUCUUUAUGUUCAUGGAAAAUACCCAUUUAAGUUUCUUCCCCAGCCAGAAUGACACAAACCCAUUUCAUUUUCUUUUAGAAAACUGGCGCCAUGUUUCACAUGCCAGGAGAACCAAAUGGAGUCUGCAUUUUUCACCUUUUCUUUCCAGCUGUUUGUUCUUGUUCCUACUUGUUCUUCGUUUCCAGCUUGUUUCAGGCAAUUCAUGGGAUGGGAUAAUUGUUACCCAGGCAGAUUAUCAAGCACUCCGAGCCAUCAAGCACGACCUAAUCGACUCCAGAAGAUAUUUACGAAGCUGGAAUGACAGUGGAUAUGGAGCUUGCUCGGGUGGGUGGGCUGGGAUCAAGUGUGUUAAGGGACAGGUUAUUGCCAUUCAGCUUCCUUGGAGAGGACUAGGCGGUCGAAUCUCGGAGAAAAUUGGACAGCUUCAAUCUCUUCGAAAGCUUAGUCUUCAUGACAAUGUUAUCACUGGCCCUGUCCCUUGGUCUCUUGGUUUCCUCCCGAAUCUCAGAGGAGUUUAUCUCUUCAACAACCGGCUUUCAGGUUCUAUCCCUCAAUCUAUUGGUAACUGUCCUAUUCUGCAGACUCUUGAUUUAAGUAACAAUUUACUUACUGGAGUAAUUCCUCCCAGCCUAGCCAACUCCACCAGGUUAUACAGACUCAAUCUGAGCUUUAAUGCUCUUUCUGGCUCUGUUCCGGCUAGUCUCACUAGGUCCUCUUCUCUUACCAUCCUUGCUCUCCAGCACAACAAUCUGUCUGGUCAAAUCCCUGACACUUGGGUUGGAGCAGAAAAUAACACAUACAAACUUAAGCUCUUGAUUCUUGAUCAUAAUCUUUUUCUCGGACCAUUUCCAGUUUCUCUAAGCAAGUUGGGUAUGCUUGAGCAGUUAUCUCUUAGUCAUAACCAGAUUGCUGGAACCCUACCCAGUGAGCUGGGUAGCCUCACAGAUCUCCAAAUGCUAGAUUUAUCUGACAAUGUUAUCAAUGGGAGCAUCCCUUCUAGCUUUUCCAACCUCUCCUCUCUUGUCUCCUUGAAUCUACAGAACAAUCACCUCAAUGACCAAAUUCCAGAAACAAUCGACAGGUUGCAGAAUCUCACAGAGUUAAACUUAAAGAAUAAUCAGUUCAGUGGCCAUAUCCCAGCUACUAUAGCAAAUAUAUCUGGCAUCCAAGAACUUGAUUUAUCAGAAAAUAAUUUCACAGGAGAAAUUCCUGCUCCACUCGCUAAACUAGCCAACCUUACUUCCUUUAAUGUUUCUUACAACAAGCUUUCUGGUUCAGUCCCAUCUCCGCUCUCCAAGAAAUUCAACUCAAGCUCUUUCAUGGGAAAUCUUCAGCUAUGUGGUUACAGCAGUUCAACCCUAUGUCCUUCUCCCGCACCUAUAACUCUUCCACCUUCACCAAUGGAGGCACCAAAACAUCAUCGCCACAAGCUUAGCAUCAAAGACAUCAUUCUCAUGGCCAUCGGUGCUCUACUAGCGGUUCUGCUGAUAUUAUGCUGCAUUUUACUCUGUUGUUUGAUGAAGAAAAAGGCCACUCUGAAACAAAGUAAUGGGAAAGAUACUGUACGCUCUGUUGCGGGAAAAGCUGAGAAGGGAGCACCAGUUGCAGGCGGCACUGAAGUGGAAUCAGGAAAUGAAAUGGGUGGAAAAUUAGUCCACUUUGAUGGACCCUUUGUGUUUACUGCAGAUGAUUUGUUGUGUGCAACUGCAGAGAUAAUGGGGAAGAGCACUUAUGGGACUGCAUACAAGGCAACUUUAGAGGAUGGUAAUCAAGUUGCAGUUAAGAGAUUAAGAGAGAAGACGACGAAAGGGCAGCGUGAGUUUGAAACUGAGGCUGCUGCAUUAGGGAAGCUCCGCCAUCCGAAUCUCCUAGCACUCAGAGCAUAUUAUCUCGGACCCAAAGGAGAGAAACUUCUGGUCUUCGAUUACAUGUCCAAGGGAAGUCUAGCAUCUUUCCUUCAUGCUCGCGGGCCAGAAACAACGAUUAGCUGGGCGACAAGGAUGAACAUAGCCAUGGGCAUUUCACGCGGAUUAAGCCAUCUCCACACCAAGGAAAACAUAAUCCAUGGAAACCUCACGUCAAGCAACGUACUGCUUGAUGAGCAGACCAAUGCCCAUAUUGCAGAUUACGGCCUUUCCCGGCUGAUGACUGCUGCUGCCAGCACCAAUGUGAUUGCCACGGCUGGAACGCUUGGGUACCGUGCACCAGAACUCUCGAAGCUAAAGAAUGCAAGCACGAAGACUGAUGUAUACAGCCUUGGAGUCAUUCUAUUGGAGCUGUUGACAGGAAGAUCCCCUGGUGAACCAACAAACGGAAUGGACCUUCCUCAGUGGGUGGCUUCCAUUGUGAAGGAAGAGUGGACUAAUGAAGUAUUUGAUUUGGAGCUAAUGAGAGAUUCGUCCACCAUAGGGGAUGAACUGCUUAAUACCUUGAAAUUAGCCUUGCACUGUGUUGAUCCUUCACCAUCCGCACGUCCUGAAGCUCAGCAAGUUCUGCAGCAGCUAGAGGAGAUUAAGCCAGAGAUGGUGGCCACUACUACUACUACUACUUCCGGUGAUGAUGGAGCUAAAGUCCCAUCAACUGGUGAAUAAGGAUUGGGCUGCAGAGAAUAAUGGGAUUGCUUCAUUUUUUUAGGUUCACAUAUAAGAAAAUAGGAAAAUAGUCGUCAUUCUUUGUUCUUGUGGGUUUGUUUUUUUAGCAUAUGUACAGACAAAGCUUGUAUGAGAUUCAUUCAUUAUUCUUUUUAAUCUUAGGACAAUAAUAUGUAUUGGUUUGAACUU